CGCACAAAGUUAUUUAUGCACAUUUAAAUAUUACACAAAAUUGAAACCGUCAAUCGAUAUAUUAAACUUAGUAAAGUUUUUUAUAUUUUAAGAAAUCUAAGCUAAGUGCACUUAAGAGUACAAGAUCAUUUAAUCUAAUUUAUUCAUACUAAUUAAUCAAAUGUUAAAUUUAAUAAAUUCAGUUUAAUUUCAUUUAUAAAUUUUCUCAAUUAUGUUUUGGUUAACUAUAACCACAGUUCUUCUUAUAACACCAUUAAAGACCAUUGCGCUUAAGUUUCCAAAGGAUUUUGCACCCUACAUUCAAUCCAAUAAUUACCCUGUAAACUUCCACUUCAUUGUGGUGGGCGGAGGAAGUGCUGGUUCCACUAUUGCCGCCAGACUCAGUGAAGUGUCUGAAUGGAAUGUUUUACUUUUAGAAGCUGGUGGGGACCCUCCUCCCCAAUCUGAAAUACCUCUUCAAUGGGGGUCAAUGUUAAGAACUGAAAAUGAUUGGAAUUUUAUGUCAGAAACAGAUGAUAAAAUGUUUAAAGGUUUAGUAGAUGAGCGAGUUUAUUUACCUAGAGGUCGUAUGCUAGGUGGAAGUUCAUCUAUGAACGUGAUGGUUUAUUUGCGAGGAGACAAACAAGAUUUUGAUAAAUGGAAUAACGCAGGUUGUACAGACUGGGGUUAUGACUCAGUACUACCAUAUUUUAAAAAAUCCGAAAACUUUACAGAUGCGUCACGUUUUAAUGCAACCAUUCACGAAAAGGGAGGUCCAUUGACAAUUUCGCCAUAUAUGUCGCCCGAUCCAGCUAUACCGGUUAUAUCGGAAGCAUUGAGGUCUUUGGGUUUAUCUCCAGUUUCUGACUUAAAUAGGCCCGAGCCUGUUAUAGGAUUUGGUAUGGCUGAUAGUACUACAAGAGAUGGCUUGCGAUGUAGCACUUUAAAGGCAUUUUUGUUUCCCGCAAAAGAUAGAUCUAACUUGUACGUAGCCAAAAAUACGAGAGUUACUAAAAUCAUAUUUGAUAAAAACCGUCAAGCAACGGGAGUAGAGAUUAUUACACCAAAUGGUAUCAAAAAGGAAAUCAAUUGCUCUUUAGAAGUUAUUGUCAGUGCAGGAGUUAUCAUGAGUCCUCAGCUGUUAAUGUUAUCUGGUGUAGGACCUGAAAAGCAUCUUAAAGAAAUGAAUAUUGACUUAGUAGUUGAUUUACCAGUGGGUCAAAACUAUCAAGAUCAUGUUUCAUAUUUGGGAUUAGUUUUUACAGACCGAAAAAACCGUACAAAAGAAGAUAUAAAAAAUCAAAGUGAAAAUCUUAUAAAUGAAACUCUCCAAUUUACUAAAGAAGGAAAAAGCACAAUGGGAUUAACGGGUUUGAUUACCUAUAUUAAUACAAACUCAGAACUAAUUUAUCCUGAUGUAGAGCUCAUGAAGAUUCGAUUUUCGUAUAAUUCACUAAAAAAUACCUGGAACGGAAAAAAUAAAUUAACAAAUUUUUAUGGAAUUUCUGAAGAUGUAGCUGAACUGUAUAAUGAACUAAAUAUGAAAAGUGAUACUAUUUUUAUAGUACCUAUAAGUAACACAGUGAAGAGUACAGGACACAUAAAACUCAACAGUACUGAUCCAUUGAUGCAACCAAAAAUAGUAAACAAUUUUUUAAAAAAUGAAGAAGAAGUAGAUAUGCUUAUAAAAGCCAUUGAGUUUGUUGUGCAACUUUCAAAAACCGACCCUAUGAUAAAAGCUGGAUUUGUAUUAGAAGAAUUAAAAUUUCCAAAUUGCGUUCAAUACGAAUGGGCCACUAGAGAGUACUGGAAAUGUGGUAUUAACCAAGUAGCCACAUCUUUCUACCACGAAGCUUGUACUAACAAAAUGGGACCAUUAGAUGAUCCAACUGCUGUUGUAGAUAGUAAUUUUAAUGUAAUAGGCGUAAAUAAACUACGAGUCAUUGAUGGUUCUUCAAUGCCUUACCUAGUAUCUUGUAAUCCGAAUGCUGUCACUAUAAUGAUGGCUGAAAGAGGAUCUGACUUUAUUAAAACUAAAUAUGGCAAAAAAUAAUACUUAGUUAAUAUUCGUAACUUAGAAUAAACUUAAAUAUAAAAAUUUACUGUUGAUACUUAGUUACUAAUGAUAUCAUAAUUUUUUAAUAGAAAAAUAGUACAAUUUUAA